UGACAUCUUACACAGUCGUCGGUCGCCGUACGCACGACACUCGCGACGACCGCGAUGUCGCCCUCGGUCGAGUACUACUGCCCAUGUCUUGCUGCCUCCCCUCAUCCACCCCCACCACACCUCUCCUCAUCCUCCUACAGCUUCCACCCGCUACACAACCUCUUCUUCUGCGAGGAGUGCGACGCCGUGCGAUGUAACCGCUGCGUCAUGGUCGAAGUGAGCGGCUACUACUGCCCCAACUGUCUCUUCGAGGUGCCCAGCGCGAGUGUGCGCGCGGAGAAGAACAGAUGUGCACGGAAUUGCUUCUUGUGUCCGAAUUGCCGGAAUACGCUGACGGUGGUGCCAUCGGACCCGCCGAAUGACGGGCACGAUAGGAUGUCGCCCAUAGUGUCGACAUCCCUCGGCGAACCGCCUUUCUUUCUCUACUGCAACCAUUGUAGAUGGGACUCCGCAGAAGUCGGAAUUACUUUCGAGAAGCCCACAGGUCUCGCAGCCCAGCUACAGAAGUUCGAAGACUCGGCUCCAGAAGCCCUGGAGUUUGACCGGCUGAAAGAGCAUUUCGAACCCUUCCUACGUGCAUCCUCCUCCUCUUCCGCCGUCACACCCUCGUCCUCACACCACCACUCGAACCCCAUCACAGCCGCAGCGUCGUCCGCGCUCGCGCGGGACAUUCCCGGCGUCAGCAAGUACAAUCCGCUCUCGCGCAGCCGCUCAGGGCGGGACAAGGGCGCGCACAAGGCGGACAUCCCCGACUACAGGGCGCGCGUGGAGGUCGGCUCCGCCGCGGGCCUCGGCGCGGGGGGCGGGGAGGCGGACAUGGAGUACAUGAGGCAUCUGGAGACGGUCGCGGAGGUGGCGACGGUCGAGCAGCGAUGGGUGAAUAGCUGGGUGUCGUCGCUGCAUACGGAUGACCUCAAGCCACUGCGCAUACCGUUGCAGUCCAAGAAGUCCAAGCGAUGUCCGAGCUGUAGGCACAUCCUGAUCAAGCCGGAACAGAAAGCGCAGUCUGUGCGGUACAAGAUCAAACUCGUCGCCGCGAACUACUUGCCCGCCAUCUCCGUCUCGCUACCACAUGCACGGGCGGCCCUCGAGAUGUUGAAGCGCUCCUCCGCUAUGAACCGGUCGACUGCACCAUCGGACGACCAGACUCCGGCAGCAGCGCUGCUCGCGGGCAAGACAUAUUCCUUUCACCUGUCUUUUACGAACCCUCUCUACGACCCAAUACAGGUGCGGCUGAAGAAAGCACAGGCGGUACCCACGUCCGGCAGCGAAGCCGGGGGAGAGAAAGCAAGGAGACCGCCAUUCCAGGUGAACCUUCCCAGCGCAGCGUUUCCCAUAGCCGCGUUCGCAGAGGCAUGGGAGUACGAGGACGAUGAGGACAUGUUUGGCUUGGACGACGACGAUGAUCUUGACGGCCUCGGGCGACUCCAGAAGGACUCGAGGGGGAAGACGCGGACCGUAGGCGUCGUGGAGAAGCGGGCGAAUGUGACCGUCGUGGCGGGGGAGGUCAUUUUGACAAAGGAGGCGAGAGGGAACGUCAAGUUCAAUAUGUUGGUGUCGUACACGUACAGGUCGGAUGACCCGGAUCCAGCGGAGGAGAACGCGACGGGGACGCCUUCGCGCCAUGCGUCGAGUAAGCAGCCAGAGAUGAAGAACUUCUCGUUCUAUACCAUUGUCGACUUGGGACCUAUAGUCUCGAGGGAAGAGACGAGACAUGAUGCAGAUCUAUGAUGACCUCCCCUUCUCCUGGUGCUUCAUGGAGACGAGGCUGAAUGCAAUGUGUGUAGCAUAAUGGAUUAUAUCACGCAUGCUUAAUGUGCAUGUUCUCCCCUGCAUUCAAGGCCG